UGGUGGAAGCGUGCCUAGCGGUGAGGAGGAGCUCAGCGUUCGUUGGUGGGCGACCGGCGCCGAGGAGAGGUAUUGGAAAUCAGUAGCUUUUCCAGUUUUUCCAUUACUUUAAUAUAACACUGUCUUUGGACUGAAAUGUUCCUGAUGCCAGCCUCUUCAGAAUUAAACAAUGGGCAGAACUUCUUAACCCAGUGGAUGACCAAUCCUUCUCGGGCUGGGGUCAUAUUAAAUCGUGGAUUUCCUGUUUUGGAAGCAGAAGGACAGAAUCAAGCAGCUGUGAAUCUUUCUACCAGUUUUCCUAUUAAAGCUACACAUUUUUCAAAUAGCUUCGGCUUUAUAAAUGAAGAAGAUCUGCUUCAUGAAGAACAGAAGUUGGAGACUAACAGCUCUUACAAACUACAAUCAGAUAAAUCUAAAACACAUACAGUCUUUUCUGUAACUAAAAAGAAACCACAAAUAGUGGCACAUAAGGAUGUUCCUGGAUACUGGGAAGAUAACAAAAAUGACUUCAUCCUAGAUCUUGCAAGUGAAUUCAAAGAAGUGGCUUAUAAAGACCCACUUUUUAAUAAACUUGAACAGCUGAAGGAAGUACAACAGAAGAAGCAGGAACAACUGAAGAGGCAACAGUUAGAGCAACUACAAAGACUCAUGGAAGAACAAGAGAAGCUGCUUACUAUGGUGUCUGAGCAACAUACAUUCCCAGCUUCAACUUUACUGCCUGAUGGUCAGAGCCAAGAGUAUAGAGCUCCAUGUACUUCAGCUACUGUAGAUAAAACCACGCCCUUCUUACCAUCAUUUAUUCACCAGAAUCAAACUCAAGAAAAAGUGUACACUUCCAGCAUUUUAUUGGAUGAACAAAACAACUUCUGUAGAACUGCUAAUCAAGAUUUUGUCUUAACUUCAAAAAGUAGUGCUUCUCCCAGUUUGUUUUGUGCAGCACAGUGUCAGGAAGCACCUGUGAAAGAAAAUGAUUUGAAGGAAGAAAACCAUCGCCAUCCUUCUGGAGAAGGUAUUUUAUCAUGUUGGGAGAAAAUGACGAAACAGAUUCUGGAAGAGAAUGAUACGAACUUAAAACAAAUUGGUGAUUCCUCAGAAAUGGUUAAUAUUGAAGAAAGGCCUAUUAAAGCUGCUAUUAGAGAAAAGAAACAGACAUUUGAAGAUUACUUGGAAGAACAGAUUCGGUUGGAAGAACAAGAACUGAAACAAAAACAGCUAAGGGAAGCAGAAGGAUCAUUGUUAAUCAAAGCAAAACCAAAACGACCAUUCUUAAAAAGAGGAGAAGGUUUAGCUAGAUUUACUAAUGCUAAAUCUAAGUUUCAGAUAGUGAAAGAAAGUAAACUAGUCACUAAUCAGAGCAUCUCAGAAGACCAACAUCAGUUUAAAGUAGAUCGACAACAAUUCCAACGGAAAACUGCUGUUAUAAAUAAAGGCCCAUGUACCGAGAACUCUACUGUUAAGAAGAAUAGUAAAGUUAGAACCAAGAGUGGUUCUAUCACACUCAAUCAGAAGCCAAAACUUCUGAAGAGUAAUAAUAGAAAAAGUCUCUCGCCAUUGGGAUUGAAAAUACAGGCAGGGAAGAAAUGUGACGGGCAAUUUAGAGACCAGAUCAAUUCAGAACUAAAAGUUGAAUCUAAUAAUAAAGAAAAUGUAUUAGAGGGUACAAAACCUGGUGAUACUGGCUGCAAAGUCUGGAGUAAAGAAAAACACCCUCUUUUGACAGGGCUGGUCAACUGCAUGGCUUCUAAGAGCCUGAUAGGCAAGACUGUAAAAGAGUCAGAAUCUUCUUUUGAUAUUUCUCUUCAGAAAAAGUUAGAAAGUUGGGAACAAGAAAAGGAAAAGGAAAAUUUGGAAUUAGAUGAAUUUUUGUUUUUAGAACAAGCUGCUGAUGAAAUGUCAUUUUCCAGUAAUUCCUCGUUUGUACUGAAAAUCUUAGAAAGGGAUCAACAGAUUGGCAAAGGUCACCAAAUGUAUUCUACCCCUGUCAAAGCUCUGCAGCAGGAGAAGACGAAUACAGUGGAUCCUAUUAGUCAAUGGAACCAAAAUGAGGAUCUUGACCAUAUUGAGCAUAAAAAUAAGAGCGAGUGUGAAGUCCCACCCAAACAAAAUGAUUCAGUAUCAUCACCAACUGGACUGAUGGAACAAUCUUAUAAAAUUAGUAGGAGAGCAUUUCAGAUGAACACUUCUGAAAAUCAAACUAGAUGGAAUGCAAACGAUGAUGAAGGUGUUAGGAACAGUGAUAGUAGCGCCGACUCUGAGGAACAGCUUGAUAUUACCAUAAAACCAUCAACUGAAGAUAAAGAAAGGUGUCUCAGCAGUUCAGCAGAUAGUGCAGAAGUGUCUGAUGGAAAGGAGCUUUUUAGGGACACUGAGACUCAAGAAAAAGAUAAAAGUAGGGAUAUUGAUCUAGAUUUGUCUGAUAAAGAUUAUAGUAGUGGUGAGUCUAUUAUAAUAGAAAGCAUGAAAAAUAAAGUUUCUGAGUCCUCAAGAAAAACCUCAUCCAUAAGUAUGAGUAGAGUUGACUUUGAUGAUGAAAGAACUUGGUCUGACCUUGAAGAGAAUUCAUGUAAACAUGAUGUUAUUCUUGGGAAUGAAGCUGUUUAUGGGACUCUUCAGACAAGCUGCCCUAAUAGUGAAAUAUGUGUACUAGACAAAACAGUAAAAAGGAAGAUUGCACUAGUCAAGAAGGGAGAAGACUUAAGCAAAUCCAGUAGGAGCAUAGGUCCUCCUCCUACAUCAGAUCUUAUGAUAAAAUUCUUCCCUUCUCUGAAACCAAAACCAAAGUCAGAUUCACGUUUGGGAAAUGAACCCCAGUUAACCAUAAGUGAAGACCAACUACCUGAUGACGGCGCUCGAUCCCAGGUUUUGAGAGAGAAAGUUAUUGAAUUGGAAACAGAAAUAGAAAAAUUCAGAGAUGAGAACACAUCUUUAACUAAACUUCGCAUUGAAAGAGAAAGUGCUUUGGAAAAACUCAGGAGAGGAAUUUCUGACUUUGAACAACAGAAAGCGAAAGAACUGGCUCAAAUAGAAGAGUUUAAAAAGAAGGAAAUGAGGAAGCUACAAAAAGAACGCAAAGUUUUUGAAAAGUACACUACAGCUGCAAGAUCUUUUCCAGAUAAAAAGGAACGUGAAGAAAUACAGGCUUUAAAACAGCAGAUAGCAGAUUUACAGGAAGAUCUGAAAAGAAAAGAAGUAAAAUGGUCAAGUACACAUAGCCGUCUUAGAAGCCAGAUAGAAAUGUUAGUCAAAGAGAACACAGACCUCCGAGAAGAAAUAAAAGUGAUGGAAAGAUUUCGGCUAGAUGCUUGGAAGAGAGCAGAAGCUAUUGAAAGCAGCAUAAAGGCAGAUCAGUGUGUGACUACUGUGAGAAAAGAUGAAUCCAUGAACCCAUCAGUUUGCUUUCAAAGAAGGCAGAUUUCUUCAGGAACCCAGGUAGAAAAAUAUAAGAAAAAUUAUUUGCCAGCCCAAGGCAGUCCAUCUCGAAGACUGAAGUCUAUAUUUCCUCGUGAUUUAGGCAGUUCGGAUAAAGGACAAGCCAGCUCGCCCAGGGAGCCAUUUGAACUGAUGAGACUCCCAGAUCCUGAAUAUGAAGAAGAGGAAGAAGAGGAAAUUCAGGGAGAAAUCAGUCAUCCGGAUGGAAAGGUAGAAAAGGUUUUUAAGAAUGGGUGCCACGUUAUAUUGUUUCCGAAUGGAACUCGGAAGGAAGUGAGUGCAGAUGGGAAGACUCUCACGGUCACUUUCUUUAAUGGUGACGUGAAGCAAGUCAUGCCAGAUGAGAGAGUGAUCUACUACUAUGCAGCUGCCCAGACCACUCAUACUACUUACCCAGAAGGACUAGAAGUUUUACAUUUCUCAAGUGGACAAAUAGAAAAACAUUUUCCAGAUGGAAGAAAAGAAAUUACAUUUCCUGACCAGACUGUUAAAAACUUAUUUGCUGAUGGACAAGAAGAAAGCAUUUUUCCAGAUGGUACAGUUGUCAGAGUACAAUGCGAUGGCAACAAAAUCAUAGAGUUUAAUAACGGCCAAAGAGAACUACAUACCGCCCAAUUCAAGAGACGGGAAUAUCCGGACGGCACUGUUAAAACUGUAUAUGCAAAUGGUCAUCAAGAAACAAAAUAUACAUCUGGUCGAGUAAGAGUUAAAGACAAGGAUGGCAAUGUUUUAAUGGAUACAAAAUUGUAAUGAUCCUUGAUUAAUCAUGAGCUAACACUAGAUUUUCUUUCUUAAAAAUGUAUAUUUCUUGUGGAUUCUGUUAUUUAAUUUAUAUAUACUCUGUGUGUAUCCAAAUGGUAAAGAUUAUGUUUGGAUUCUAAAGUUUAUAGCUUCUUCAUUUUUAUGUUUUUGAAAAGCACAAGGACAGCUUUCAUUUAUAAUUCACCUAUUCUGUCUUUCUUCAGAUAGACUCAUGAUUAAGGGAAGCAUUAUUAGUUAAACUGUGUCCAUUAGAUUUUAAAAGUAACAAAUGGGUGCUUUUAUUGGUUGGAGAUGGUUAUAAAAACCCACAAGCACAAGAAGUACAUGUCCCACAAGGCACAUCAGCCACAGAACACGGACUUGCAGGGAAAGUUUACACAAGGAGCAAGUGGAUCUCACUGUAUCCAAAAUAUUACUAUGUUUAAUUGCUAUCAAAAUUAAAGCACAUGAUGUACUACAGAGGUUCAUUAAUUUUAAUAGAAUGGGGGGGGUAAAACAGUGAA